AUGAUGUUGGCAGCUACACGUCGUAUUGCACCUUUGGCAUCAAGCAGAUUCCUUCUAGCUUCUGGUGCUGGUUGCCAGAAACGGCUCAACUCAUCAGACAACAGCAACGAAAUGACAGUACGCGAUGCGUUGAACCAAGCAAUGGAAGAAGAAAUGGCGCGCGACGAUAAAGUAUAUCUUUUGGGUGAAGAAGUAGCUCAAUACAAUGGAGCAUACAAGGUUACACGUGGUCUUUUGGACAAAUUCGGAUCACGUCGCGUCAUUGACACACCCAUUACAGAAAUGGGAUUUACUGGCUUGGCUGUGGGAUCUGCUUUCAGUGGUCUAAAACCCAUUUGUGAAUUCAUGACAUUCAACUUUGCUAUGCAGGCUAUUGACCAAAUUAUCAACUCGGCGGCCAAAACGCAUUACAUGUCGGGUGGUGUUGUGCAUUGUCCAAUCGUUUUUCGUGGUCCCAAUGGUGCUGCUGCAGGUGUUGCUGCUCAACACAGUCAAGAUUACAGCGCUUGGUAUGGAGCUGUUCCAGGACUUAAGGUGCUUUCGCCAUGGAGUUCUGAAGAUGCAAAAGGACUUCUCAAGGCUGCUAUCCGUGAUCCCAAUCCUGUUGUCUUUUUGGAAAAUGAGCUCGAAUACGGCGCUUCACAUCCCAUGUCGGACGCUGCCAUGCAAGAUGACUUUGUGCUCCCGAUAGGAAAAGCCAAGAUUGAGCGUCAAGGAGAGGAUAUCACCAUUGUGGCCAACUCGCGUUUUGUAGGCUGGUCCAUGAAAGCAGCUGAAAAGUUAGAAAAGGAAAGCGGGAUUUCAUGCGAAGUGAUCAAUUUACGUACCAUCAAGCCAAUGGACAUGGAUACCAUUGCAAACUCUGUCAAAAAGACCAAUCACAUCAUCACGGUGGAAGGUGCUUGGGCCUCGUUUGGUGUUGGAUCUGAAAUAGCGGGUUGCAUUAUGGAAUCUGAUGCAUUCGAUUAUCUUGAUGCUCCUAUGAUCCGCGUUGCUGGUGCGGAUGUUCCUACUCCUUAUGCCGGGAAUCUAGAAGAAUUCGCCUUCCCUGAUGAUAAAAUCAUCGCUAGGACUGUUCAGGAUGUUUUGAGUAAAAAGAUUGGUGCAUUGUAA